UGGGGCACUGAAGAGUGCUAUCAAAAUAAGAAAGAUAACAAUAAAAUGGAAUGUCCAAAUAGAAUCCCAGCUUCUAACUUCCAUGUGGAACAGUUGGUAGGAGGAUCCUCUGUGUCCAGAGAUGAGGGCUAUUUCGGCAGUUCCGGAAUGUACGCUCAAAGAGUUGCGACCGAGUAUGAGUGUUCGACAGCGAGAAAUUAUGGAAUCGCUUCUUCGCCUCUCUCCAAAGCGGGAGCACAAUCUCCGACAAACACGGCUCUCAGCGCCUACCAUCAACAUCAUUACCUUUCGCAACUAAAUGCCUUUGGGCCUGAGUUUAAAAAUGCAUCCCAGGUAGCACAGCCUGUUAUCCGACCCCUGUUUCCAUAUUCUUUCCCAUCGGACAGUGUGAAGGAGGACUCGAUGUUCUGCCCAUAUAGCGGAGAUCCAAACGGACGCACGGAUACAGUUGUUGGAACUUGUUCCUACACGCGGAUGGCUGAGAGACGCCAUCCCAGUCAAACGCACGAACAUUCUUGUCCGGAAUCCUCGACAGCUAAUCAACGGUACCUAAGGAAAGAGAAGGCGCAUGGCUUCGGAUCAGAAAGUAUCUUCUCUGUGUCCGGAAUUGAGACAGAUAAUCCAGAACUAUUUAACGACACCUGCGAAACCAAUCAGGAGGCGCAUCUGGCAGUGGCAGACAGUAAACUCGAGGAGAAUCACAGUCCCACGAAACAACUGCCUGAGAAAGAGAACGUCCUUAAAACGGACGGUAGCACAGACAACUCAGACAGUGAGGUUAAAGGGGACAGAUUGGAGAAUGUCUUUGGAAACUGGCUCACAGCGAAAAGUAGACGGAAAAAGCGUUGUCCCUACACCAAACAUCAAAUACUGGAACUGGAGAAGGAGUUCUUGUUCAACAUGUAUCUGACGCGAGAGCGCCGCUUGGAGAUCAGCAAGAGUAUUGACCUUUCUGACAGACAGGUCAAAAUAUGGUUCCAAAACCGACGUAUGAAGCUCAAGAAAUUCAACAGAGAGAGUCGAGUGAGAGAGCUAACCUCUGCUUAUGACUAUACUUAAACCUUACACCUUAUUUGGAGAGAAAUAAUGUUACGCUUAAGCUACACAUACAGGCUAGGCCUGCACACGUACAGGAGAAAACAUCUAGAGCAGGAUAGAAAUUGUACGCCUUUCAAACAUCUUCACGUUUUUUUCGAGUCCAUGCAUGGUUUUAUGAAAAAUGUAAGUUUCAUGAUUUGACAGUGAAAUGCUAUGAUGCUCUACAGAUGCACAUUGUUUAAAAGCCUGGAUAUUAAAGUGGCACUCCAGACUCCUUUUCACCUCAUUUAACACCUGAUGUGGUUAACAAAAGGCACAUCUCAAUAGGUGGUUCAGGUAUGUCAUGAA